CUUUUCUUCUUCUACAAUACCACCUUCAAACUCAUAACACAUACUGCAUCAUCAACAACAUCUACUUGCUGCUGUUGUUGUUGCCAUUCUCACAAUCUCCCAUUUUCCUAUGCAAAAAUAAGUUCUUUUCUCAAAUGGGUGGUUCAGGAAGCUGGUUUAAAUCACUUAUUCCACCAAAAAAGCCCUCCACCAAUAAUCAAGUGAAGAGUAUUGAUAAGAGUAAGAGAAAAUGGAAGUUAUGGAGGAAUUCUUCAGAAAGUAUUGGAUUUGGAACCUCUAUGAAGAAGGGACAUGGUUUUGUUGCUUAUGAUAAAUAUUCAUGUUCUUCAUUUGUGGUGAAUGAACAAGCUUUUGCUGCUGCAAUGGCUGCUGUAGUAAGAACUCCACACAAAGACUUCUUGUUGAUUAAGCAGGAAUGGUCUGCCAUCCGUAUCCAGUCUGCAUUUCGAGGCUUCUUGGUUGUUGAAAAUUAAACAACUUCGAUAUUGUAGUCACAGUUGCGGUCGGUUACUUACUAUUUUAAAAACCUUACUUAUGUUAUUUAUGUUUUAGGCAAGAAGAGCUUUGAGGGCUCUGCACAGUUUGUAAUAGAAUUAGGACAUGAUAUGGCUUCUAACCUGUUUUCAAUAGUCCAAUUCCUGAUAGAGGGAAAGAAGAGAAUAACCACCAAGCAGGAGUAAAGGAGGGAUCCGACCACACUUAACCACCCCGUGUGGUCACACACACACUAUUUAUAUUUUCUGUCAUUUAAUUUCAGUCUUUACUUUCCUGUCAUUUACUAAUUACCCGCAAAGAUACCUUUCAAACAAACAAAGCGAAGGCAAUUAUCCUUAUUCCUAAGAGAAACUAGUAACCUUGGCAUAAUCCCUGUGGAGAACGAUACACUUAUCACUUUAUUACUUGGUAGCGAUUUUGUGCACUUGCAGAACUACCGUCAGAUGUCGCGACUAAUUAAAAAAACUGAAACUCGGUGAAUUGCUUACUACCCUAACAUCGGGGCUUCAUAAAUCAUCAGUUGAUCAGCAAUAUAGUUGUUUUAC